AUGUCCAUGCCCGCGCUGCAGAGCAAGAGUGAUGACUUGCGGAAGGUGCGGCCUGAAAUGAUGCAGGCGCAGCAGCUGUGGGACCAUUCCAUGGCCAAGUCCCUGGGGGAGCAGCUGGGAGCCGAGGAGGUAACGGUGCUGCACCUCUGCGGCGCCUUUCACUGUGCCCAUGGCCUGGGCAUCCCGGAAGCGCUGCCCAG